GGAGAUGCCUGUGACGUCACACCGGUCGGGCCGCAAGACCCUCCUUCUCGACCCAGUGGAUGGUCACACUGGGAACAAAAUGGACAUGCCAUUCAGAAGAACUGGGUGACCUUGAUGGAUCCUGAGAGGAGCCUGGGAGCUCUGGAGAGGCCGACCUACACACACAAGACCAGCGUUGCUUCCUCCCAACUCUGCUCGCAGAAGCCGGCCGUCUGGCUUCGCCUCCACCUUCUGUCUGCAGCCUCUGCUCCCGGACUCCUGUCUGCAGGCUGCUCCCGGACUCCAGGGUCUAGGGCGCCGGCCCCCGGGAUUCUGGAGGGAAGCGAGUGACAUGAAACAGCACGGAGGUGUGUGGUCUCUCCUCUCGUUAAGUGAAAGGUCCACCCCCCGGCCCCCGAGCCAUGGCUGGUCUGCGGAACGGCCAUCGCAGCUGCAUCCGGGCUGCGUUCACAGCCAGCACCAGGGCCGGCUUCCAGAAGAGGCAGAGAAACAGGCUCCAUCGCCUCAAGGCCAGUCACAGGAAGAAUCAUCUGGACUUUGUUGAAGGCAUCUGGAGAGAGCUUUUAGAUCCUUACGACGCUGACUGGGAAGAGGCCCGUGGUCACGCCUCCUGUCAUUUCAACGGCUGCUCCCUGGGUGCUGUGAACUGUGACGGGCCUCUGCACACGCUCAAGUCCAGGGGUCCAGGGGACGUGAGCUUAGAAGACCCCCUCUCGGCGAACCUUCCACUCCUGGUCCUGACAGCCACCGGCUGGGCCCCAGCAGCCCCGGAGGGCAGCGAUGUGGACAUGCAACCCGCAGAGGCUGGUGGCCUGGAGGCGCGGGGGCAGAUGGCCCGGCUGCCUGGACCCCCGGAGGACACGGGGAUGAUGGAGGAGGACCGGGGGUCCCCUGAGGCUGGCAGACCCCAGGGCAGGGCCAGAGGGUCACGGCCGCCCCCCAGACUCGGGACUGAGAGGGACAGGGGGCCCAAGCUCAUCCUCUCCAAGAGGAAACUGGAACUUUUACUCGCAGAGCCGGAGAAGAGUAAGCGAAAGAAGCAGUAUGUGGCCUAGAUCAAGUGAGCGGGGUGAUCGGUAACGAUGGGCCAGGGCCUCGGAGGUGAGGACGACGUUGAUGAGCAUAAAAAAAGAGCUUCCAUGAAA